CUGGUCGGCUUGCAUCGCCACGGAAGCGUCAGUAUUUACACUAAUAUUUCCAGAAGCCUACCCGACGCUGCCGGCAAAGCCCGGGCGGGGGAUCGAGCCGUCGCACCCGAUAGAGAACUUGUAACCCCGAGGCGCGGCGUCUGCAUUGGUCUGAGAGAACAAGCGAGGGAGCAGCUCCAACGCUGCGCAGCCAAACGUCAUGCGAGGAGCAACCUUCCCCCGCCGCAGAGCGCUGAAAUGUUAGACCUGAGGAGUGAGAGUGUCAGAUCAAAUCAGCAGACUGUUUACAUCAGAGGGGCCCAUUCAGCAGUUCGGUCGGCGGCGGAGAUGGAGUGGUCACUAGAGAGUGUGAGGGAGCUGGUGGCCGGAGGGAUCCAGUCGGUGCGGGACUGCGAGGUGUGCGCUCUGGCCGUGGCCGUGUGCGUGCUGCUGCUGUUCAUGUGGUACUGCUACAGGGUGGGCCGGGAGCACGGCCCCAGCCCGCUGCGGGGGAGGUACCUGCCGGGGUCCGGGCGGAUCGGCGGGGUGGUGGGCGGCUUCAUGAGCUCGGACUGCCGCGGCCGGGGCAAGGGCAGACACGGGCCGGGCCUGGAGGAGCAGAACGGCUUCGCCUUCUGCCAGUCGGCCGAGUGCUUCCGCUGCGCCAGCGCCGGCGAGAGCCUGAACCAGCGGCUCUACCACAGCCUGCAGGAGUACGCCAAGCGCUACACCUGGUCGGGGAUGGGCCGGGUGCACAAGGGGGUCCGGGACCAGGGCCGCUACCUGAACAGCCGGCCCACCAUCCAGCGGCCGGAGGUCUUCUUCCUGCCCGACCUGCCCUCGGCCCCCUUCUUCUCCAGGGAGGUGCAGCGGCACGACGUGGAGCUGCUGGAGCAGAGCUUCCCCGCCCUGCUGGCCGAGUUCGAGAGCAUCUACCACCAGCCCCCGGCCCGCAGCGGCUCCUCCCUGCCGCCCGGCUGGAAGGCCAACAGCACCCCCCGCGGCCAGUGGUGGACCUACUACCUGGUCAACCAGGGCACCCCGCUGGUUCUGAACGUGCGGAGGUGCCCGCGGGCGUGGCGGGUGCUCGGCCAGCUGCGGACCUUCAUCACCAACAACGUCUUCGGCAACGCCUGCUUCUCCGUGCUGACGCCCGGGGCGCUCAUCACCGAGCACUACGGCCCCACCAACGUCCGGCUGCGCUGCCACCUGGGUCUCCGAAUACCUCCAUCCUGUGAGCUCGUAGUUGGGGGAGAGCCACAGUGCUGGUCCGAGGGCAGCUGCCUGCUUUUUGACGACUCCUUCCUCCACAGGGCUUUUCAUGAGGGCAGCCCAGAGGACGGCCCCAGGGUGGUGUUCAUGGUGGACCUUUGGCACCCCAACGUGGCCGCUGCUGAGAGACAAGCCUUGGACUACAUUUUUACUCCAGGCCCAGUCAGCUGCUGGAAUGGGGCUCCGCUCACAGCGAGCAGGCUUCACUCCGGAACGCGUCUGAGCGGCGGAGGGGAGGAAAAAAAAAAAGAUGACCGAUCCUCGGAGGCGGACAGGAUCAGAGCCGCCGCAAUGAGCGCCUCCUUCCCCAAAUCCGAUUCCACCACCUCUCUCCUGAAAUCGUCUUCGGCUCCGAGGAGACCGACACGCCUCCCCGAGCAGACAGCCGACAGCCGGAGAGGUCAGCACCACCAUCAGCAUCAGCACCACCAUCAGCAUCAGCACCAGCACCAGCACCACCACCGUCCCGCCGGACUCCAGCGCGGCAGCAGCGGAGUGGACGAGUCCUUCUGGUCAGCCGAGGGGGACGUCAGUGCCCGGAGACCCCUGUGCCACCCCUCGCUGGUGGCCAGCCCGGACGGUAGUAAGAACGCGGCCACGCGGGGCAAGUGCAAGACGCACGGCCAAGCGCCCGUGGCCCCGGAGCCCGAGUCCGAGGCCGGCCGGGGGGUGAGGGACCGCUGCAGGGCGUCCAAAACCGCGCACCGCCACCACCGCAGGAAGCACAACCGGGAGGAGCGUCCCCCGGUAGAGGGUCCCGAACCGGAGCCCCCCCGGCGGUGCCACACGCUGCCCCACGCCGCCCCCCGGGUGCCCUCUCUGUCGGACAGCAACGACGACCGGGCCCCUCUGUGUGAGCCGCGGGGCCACAAGGGGGGCAGGCUGACCAACGGCGGGGGUCACGUCAGCAGCCCUUCCCCGUCCUCGUGCUCCUUCGUCCCGCUGUCCAGCAGGUCAUCCCGCCGGUCACGGAGGUCCAGCGCUGCUUCCUCAACGUCUGAUGUCAAUUUACGCACCAUCCUCAAUUCCCUCUUUGGUCAGUCGGGAAGAGGGCUGAGAAUAAUUAUGGAGAAGCUCACUGGUUUAGAUUUGGGCAUCACUCGAGUCAAAGCAUUGUCAAUGGACAGAGAACUACGGCCAGAAGAAAUGGAUGAGUUGCGAGACGCUUUCAAGGAGUUUGACAAAGACAAGGAUGGUUUCAUCAGCUGUAAGGAUUUAGGAAAUUGCAUGAGAACCAUGGGAUACAUGCCCACGGAAAUGGAGCUGAUAGAACUCAGUCAACAAAUAAACAUGAACUUGGGAGGCCAUGUUGAUUUUGAGGACUUUGUGGAGUUAAUGGGUCCAAAACUCCUUGCUGAGACUGCAGACAUGAUUGGCAUAAAGGAGUUAAAAGAUGCUUUUAGGGAGUUUGACACAAAUGGAGAUGGCGCCAUAAGCACAACAGAGCUCCGAGACGCGAUGAGAAAGCUGUUGGGCCAGCAAGUUGGUCUAAAAGAAGUAGAAGAUAUUCUAAGGGACGUGGACUUGAAUGGUGAUGGACUUGUUGAUUUUGAAGAGUUUGUAAGAAUGAUGUCUCGUUGAGAUCAUGAAAAUGAUCCAUGCUGAAUGUGAAGCUAUGUCCUUCUUCACACAAGACCACAUACAACCAAGGACAUGCCAAGAUCUACUGAGCCAUCCAAAUCUAAAUGACACUGGAAUUAGACCUCCUCGAAUGUUAUGGAGCUAGGAGUCACCUCACACUUUCAAUCAAUAAGUGUUCUUCCUGAAAAGUCUCUAGUUUUACUGAGACGGAAUUUGCUGUAGCAUUGCUGAAGAUUGUUUAAUUCAUAGUUUUUUUUAGCACUUUAAAUCUCACUUAAUAACUUCCUGUGUGAAUAGAUUGUUGGUGUUGUCUCAUCUUCCGAAUGAUGUUCAAAUGUCUUGCAAACAGUCGCUUUAGAUGUUUAAGAACUUCAGAACGAGAGACAUGUUGUAGGAAAGUAAAAGAUUAGCACUGUUGAAUGUUUCUCAAUAUAUCCACUUCUUCUGUGUCGUGUAAAAGAUUGUGUGUGGAAGUACCUUUGUGUGACAAUGGUGCUUUGCCAAGAACUCCAACUGGCAAUAUCCUACUGUGUAAUGUAAAUCUGUGAUCAUCUGUAAUUGUUCACUGUGCCAGUCCCCGACUGAUGGAAAAGCAUCACUGUCUGACAUGUGACAAAGAAGAUCCGAUGUUAACGAGAUGAAGGUGUCUAAAAUGCCUUGACGAUUAGUUUUUCACCCAUCAGAGACCAUAUAAGAUGUGCAGCUCUUGUAAAGUCUGAAUCCAAAAAGCCAAAUAGCUCACUGACUGACAAGCAGUGGCUUGCAGCAAUAUGGACCAUCACUGAACAUUUGAUGCUAGCCUUUUAAUGUUCACUGGUAUGAAUUCACACAAUGUCGAGAGCCAGUAAUGGCUCUGUUUAGCCCUGCAUGAGAUUAGGCAAUAGGAUGACAAAUGUGAGCUGUAUUUACAGUGGAUUCGAUUAUGUUGUACCUGUGCUGUCUGUCACUGUCAUCAUGAUUCUUGAUGUGGUAACGUUCCACACAUAUGUGCUGUCAAAGACAUUUUUAUGCAUGCCAAAGAGAGACAUUUAUUAAAUUUAGUAUGCACAUUUGCAAUUUUGUUUAACAAAGUCAACAAAAUAUUUCGCCAAGUUAAUUGUAGGAAAAUAAAGAGUG